AACACGAAAAAUUCUCUGACAAACAGCUGGUUCUUGUUUAGCGUGGUGGUUUUUGUAGGUUUUUCGCCUACAGUAGCCUACAGUAAGAAAAAGACCGACGCAGAAUUUGUCAGGCGGCGAAAAAAACGUGGCCUACGUUUAUUUUCAAUCUGUUAUAUUAUUUGUUAAAAUGGCAGCGAAAAUGCAACAGUUUGAACCUCCGAGUUCCGCCAGCUCGGAAAGUGACGGGGAUGUCUGUUUUGAAGAUCAAUCUGACUUUCCUCUGGACGAUCAAGAACUUGAUCAUUAUGGACACAGUGAUAUUGCUAACCCAACUCCUCCAUCUCCUAGACCACCUUCCGCUACAGGUUCUCAGAAAUCUCCGAGAUCGAGGCGACAAAGGACAACCAGUCUUUCGCAAUCAAGUAAAAAAACAUCUGCUGAGUCCAUCCUCAGAAGUAAAAACAGAACAAUUUACACUGCAGGCAGACCUCCUUGGUACAAUUCCGCUGGUCAACAGGUGGAGCCUUUUGUCAUAGGUAUUUGUGGUGGAAGUGCUUCAGGCAAAACAACUGUAGCAACAAAAAUAAUUGGAUCGCUGGACGUUUCGUGGGUUACGCUUUUGAGCAUGGAUUCAUUUUACAAGGUAUUGAACGAGAAACAACAUGAACUUGCGGCCCGCAACGAAUACAAUUUUGACCACCCUGAUGCCUUUGACUUUGAAUUACUUAAAACGACUCUUCAAAGAUUGAAAGAAGGUCGUAAGGUCGAAGUUCCAAUCUAUAAUUUCGUAACACAUAGCAGAGAAAAUAGAACGAAAACGAUGUACGGUGCGAAUGUGAUAAUAUUCGAGGGAAUUCUCACUUUCUACGACUCCGAAGUGCUCAAGAUGUGCGAUAUGAAAGUGUUUGUCGAUACGGAUGCGGAUGUAAGGCUCGCGAGACGUUUAAAAAGGGACAUAUCUCAGAGAUGUCGGGACUUAGAGGGAGUUCUUAAGCAAUAUUGCACGAUGGUAAAACCCUCGUUUUUCUAUUACAUUGCUCCUCUGAUGGCUCAUGCUGACAUAAUUGUCCCACGUGGAGGUGAUAACGAAGUCGCGAUCGAAUUGAUCGUCCAGCAUGUUCACACGCAACUGCAAUUGAGAGGAUUCAAAUUGCGCGAGAAAUUGGCUCAUUCUUUUAUCGGUCAUCCAUUGCCAACAUCGCUGUAUUUACUUCCGAACACACCACAGAUUAAGGGACUUCACACUUUUAUAAGAAACAAGGACACGUACAGGGAUGAAUUCAUAUUUUAUUCCAAAAGACUCAUCAGACUCGUCAUUGAAUAUGCGCUCUCGCUCUUGCCAUUUGAGGAAAUAACUGUCGAGACCCCUCAAGGUGUUCCCUAUCAUGGGAAACGAAGUGCUACUGACAAAAUAUGUGGAGUUUCGAUACUCCGAGCUGGUGAAACGAUGGAACAAGCGGUCUGCGAUGUUUGCAAGGACAUUCGUAUUGGAAAAAUACUUAUACAAACUAAUUUACAAACAGAUGAGCCCGAGCUUUACUAUCUCAGAUUACCCAAGGACAUAAAGGACUAUAGAGUCAUAUUAAUGGACGCAACUGUGGCAACGGGGGCAGCAGCCAUGAUGGCAAUUCGAGUGCUCCUUGAUCAUGACGUCACGGAGGAAAAUAUUCUUCUGGUUUCGUUGUUAAUGGCGGAAUCGGGCGUGCAUUCGAUCGCGUACGCAUUUCCGGGUGUGAAAAUUGUCACGUCCGCUCUGGAUCCAGAAAUCAAUGAAAGAUUCUAUGUUCUGCCAGGAAUCGGAAAUUUUGGUGAUCGCUAUUUCGGCACUGAGCCCUCAACAGCCGAUGAGUGAACAUGAGAAUCUCAAUAAAAUAACUGAUAGUAUUGAAAUUUGCAUCGUUGAAACGCCACGAAAUCCUCUUACUUAUUUUUCACCAAAUUUAAAAAUUUUCUUGUUUGGACUUUUUUUUUGUCCAGUUUCCUACCGAUAAACCAAAUCGAUUUUUGAAGUUUUCUUGUUGCCUCAUACGCGUCAUUGAGAAAACUGAGAAAAAAGUAUUUUGUUACGUUCUAUCGAUGCAAACUUCAAAAAUCAUGGAUUAAACAAUGGAGAAUGAUAGAGAAUUUUCAAGAAGCUGCUGAUUUUCAAUUGCAGCUUCAUAAAUUGUUUAUUUUUCUCAGUCUAUUGUACAUAUACCCUAUUUUUAUGAAUUUACAAAUCUGAACGAUUUCCCACCUAUUUUAUUGUUAGUCUAUAGAAAACAUUUCUUUCAAGCAUAGAUUCGGGCGUUUUAUUAUGCCAGAAAACCGUUCUAAAGACGAAUAAACUUGGCCAUUUCAGAUUAA